UCCCCUGGAACUGGGGUAAAGUGAGAGGUGUCUGGAGUUUCAGCUCGCCGCAACCACCGGCCUUUACGAGCCCCACAAUGUACCGAGCAGAGAAGCUGCCCAGCACUAACCUGGUGUUUCUAAUUACUGAUGCCAAGAGCACCUGUCUUUCCUGUGACACCAAGCCAGUGAGACAGGCCGAGCAGCCUUCCACUGGUCCGGACCCCUGUAUACUGGCCCAUAACCCCCGCUACAGAAAAGGCCCAGAUGUCUGCUUUGAUAACAACAUUGAUGAAGACGCAUCUGACUGUGGCGGUGGUUGUAGUCUGAUUCCCUCUCUCUGGCCAGUGCUAGCUCUUCAACUGCUACUCCUCUGGCUGCUCACUGGAACCAGCUGCUGUUCCUGA